AUGAAUAACACAAGGGCUGUUAACGAUGGUUUUCCUUUCCUGAACAGUAAGAACUGGAGCUCAAACCGAAGCUUCACUGUGCACAUUUCUAAUCCAUGCAGGAACAUCACUGACCUUACUGUCUUUCUGGCCACCUCUUACAGCUUGGAAACUGUCUUAGGCAUUGUGGGAAACAUCUGUUUGAUCGCUGUCAUCGCCAGGCAGAAGGAAAAAGCCAACGUCACCAACAUCCUAAUUUCCAACUUAAUAAUUUCAGACUUGUUUAUGUGUCUUGUCUGUCUGCCUUUCACUGUUGUUUACACCAUGAUGGACUACUGGAUAUUUGGGGAAGUCAUGUGCAAAAUGACCUCUUUCACUCAGUGCACAUCUGUGACAGUGUCAAUUCUUUCCCUUGUCCUUAUUGCUCUGGAAAGACACCAGCUCAUCAUAAACCCGACUGGCUGGAGGCCAAGUAUCUCCCAAGCCUAUCUAGGAAUUGGAGUAAUUUGGACUUUAGCAUGUCUCAUGUCCCUGCCCUUUUUGACCACAUCCAUCUUGUCUAACGAUUUGUACGAGCAGCUCUCACACAUCAUGAAUUUUUCCACUGACAAGGCCAUAUGCAUCGACUCGUGGCCUUCUGAGCAACACAGACUUAUCUACACUACCACUUUACUGCUCUUGCAAUAUUGCAUCCCGCUGUUCUUCAUUAUACUUUGCUACCUGCGUAUCUACUUACGUCUACAGAAGAGAAAGGACAUGUUUGAGAAGAGUGAAUAUAGCAACCGAGCAGUUCAGCUGAGAAGGAUAAAUAUUUUGUUAGCAUCCAUGGUUGCUGCUUUUGCUGUUUGCUGGCUACCACUGCAUGUUUUCAACACCAUUGUGGACUGGAAUUACAAAAUCAUUUCGCCUUGCCACCACAAUCUGAUCUUCUCAUUGUGCCACCUGGUAGCUAUGGCUUCUGCCUGUGUCAACCCUGUUAUCUACGGUUUCCUAAAUAGCAACUUCAAAAAAGAAGUGAAGUCACUAAUUCUGAGCUGCCAGCAUAAUUCAGUAACUGCAUCAAUGGAAGAAUACGAUCAUUUGCCUUUAUCCACCAUGCAGACUGAAAUUUCCAAGGGCUCACUGAUGUUGAACUGCAGACAUAAUUCUAUCUAG